AGCUGCUGCUGCUCCUCCUUCUCCUCCUCCCGCCUCACUGUCUCUUUCCCCCUCUCCUCCUUGCAAAGAUGGCAACCGAGGGGCUGAAGGAGAACGAGACCCUGGCGUCGCUGAAGACCGAGGCCGAGAGCCUGAAGGGCAAGCUGGAGGAGGAGAGGGCCAAGCUGCACGACGUGGAGCGUGAGUCGGGGGCCGGGAAGGGGGUGGCGGGGGGGGGCGCUGGGCUGCCUUGGAGAGGCUGCCCUCCAUCCGAAGCAGAGAUGGCAGGAGAGGGAGAGAGAGACGGGAGCAGGGAGCUGCGCAUCAUAGGAGUAAUUCUGGGGGGUGGCCCAAGGAUCCUGGGGGGUGGGUGGGGUGCUGGGCUUGUUUGAUGGGAGAUCGGGGGUGGGGAUCCGGGGAUCCUGCCUCCCCCUCCCUCCGCAUCCAUCUCUUCCACCUGCCCCUCCCCGUGUUGUGCUUCUUCCGAGCGUGGCUGCAAGGAAAUCGCCCUUCGCAUCAUCAUUAUCCAACAGCAUCCAGCUAGCUGCUGCGUUUGAAUCCGAAAGCCUGAAAAUAAAGUGGGGCGGGGGCUAUAAAUAAAAGCUAUUUAUUUAUCGAGGCAGGAGGAAUGGAAUAUCCCCUGUCGUCGCUGGAUGCCUGAUCCUCAGAAGCAGAUAUGUGUUUAUUCGUGGUGGUUGGGUGUGCUUGGUGAGAUGUAAACAUGCCAGGGAAUGCAAGAGGCGGAUGUGCACGCAAGGCUGGGCUUUAUGCUCGGUUCCUGUAAUAAUGGUCGCCAGAUCCAGGCCGGGGGAGAGCAUUUAAGGCGACCCAGUGAAAAACAGGGGCAGGGGGAAGCCGCAGGGCACCUGUCUUUUAUUUAACCGUUGCAUUAAAAAAAGGAAGAAAAUCCACUCGGUUUCCCCCCCCUCUGCUGUCUUAAAAGCCCUGCCUGAUUAAAUCCAUCUGCUGCUGCCUGCAAACAUUGCAAACAGGAUGGUAGGCUGACAGGGAGAGGAUUCCCCAGCCUUACUUGUUUCUAGAGCUCUUUAGAGCAGCCCUUUGCCAACCCGUUAGCUGUGGUGCCUGGGGGCUGAUGGGAGCUACAGGCCAAAACAUCUGGAGAGUGCCGGGUUGGCAAAGCCUGCUUUACAUGGUUGGAAGAUGGAGGGGGAGUUGCUAUUUGGGAAGGCAGGGAAACUUUAAAGUUGGCUGAGAGGAAUAACAGCAUUCAGAGCUGUGCUUUGGGAACCUGCGGCCCUCCAGAUGUUGCUAAAUCACAACUCCCAUAAUCCAUGGCUGUAUGGGGCCAUUCUGGCUGGGGCUGAUGGGAGUUGUAGUCCAGCCUCUGUAGGGUCACAGGAUCACCAUCCCUGCCAUCUGUUUUUUAGAUUUGCGUGGGGAUGCCAGCACAACACUCACAGGUGUGCUUGCACCUGCAAGAGCCUGCUGGGUCCCAUUCCCUCACCCCUCCUGCUGAAAUUAGGCUUGAAAGCAGUUGCUCCCUUACCCAGUGGUAAUCCAUCUGCCCACAGAUCCUACCAACACCACAAUUCAUUUAACAAUAAACCUUGUAUUGUAGACAAUAUAACACUUUUUUCAAACCGAAUUGCAUGUUGUCCUACGCUGAACGUAACCAAAAGACUUUAUAAUCUCAACAACAAAAAAGAGACAUUGCACGUUCCUUUGUAUUUCUUGAAAAUCUUUAAUACUUUUUCUAAAAGAAGACCCCAUUGCUACUGGCUCUCAUGCCCCUUUCAUAUUGCAAUUAGGUUUGAAAAAGCCUUCUGUUGGAGCCAAUGAAAGACUUUUUUUCAAGCCUGACUGAUUGUUAUGGGGUGAGGUGGGGUUUGAUCUUCCUAGAAAUUGCAGCUGAAGGAAAAAGGCUAUUUCCCUCUCCCCCCUCUCAUUCCCACUCUUCUGUAAGAUUAGCCCCUGCCAGCUUCACAUACCCAAAGAGGCUUGCAGGGUGGGGACACCUAAAUUACAUUUUUAAGUGUCAUUGGUGGAGGGGGGGACAAGAGGGAGGCUGUAUGUUUGUGUGCAUGGGAUCCAGAACAGUCCCCGCCCCCCGUUUGCAAAUGGGCCCCCAAAGUUGGGGUGUACAUGGUGACCAACUCAUUCCUGCUUUCGGACUUUCUGGGGGCAUCCUUUUCAGCCUUUGUGGAAGCAGAACACUGUUCUUACGUCCUUAAAGUGUCAACAUAAAUAUUCAGUCCUAUUGAGUCAAAUAGGCUUUACUCCCAAGUAAGAUGCAGGUGGUGCUGUGGGUUAAACCACAGAGCCUAGGGCUUGCUGAUCAGAAGGUCGGUGGUUCAAAUCCUGUGACGGGGUGAGCUCCUGUUGCUCGGUCCCUGCUCCUGCCAACCUAGCAGUUCGAAAGCAUGUCAAAGUGCAAGUAGAUAAAUAGGUACCGCUUCGGCGGGAAGGUAAGCAGCGUUUCCGUGCGCUGCUCUGGUUCACCAGAAGCGGCUUAGUCAUGCUGGCCACAUGGCCCGGAAGCUGUACGCCGGCUCCCUCGGCCAAUAAAGCGAGAUGAGCACCACAACCCCAGAGUCGGCCACGUCAGGGGUCCCUUUACCUUUACCUUUAAGUGUGUAUAGGGCUGCAGCCUCAAGUAUUUUAUUACUAUGUUGUUGUUGUUGAGAUGAAAUGAAGGCUUUAUUUUUUCCCUUUUUAAUUACUGUUUUUUAUUUUGACAAAGUAAUAAUUGUACAUAAAUAAGAAUAAAAAUGUGCACCCCACCCUGAGACCAUUCCAUUGUAACUAUCCAACCUUCCAAAAUUUCAACACCUCUUGCGAUGGUUUGACCCCUUUCCAUUUUAACAGUACAAAUUCUACAAACACCCUCCAUAUCUCCUCAAAAUAAUUCCCCAGCUUACCUUAAUAGCACAUGUUAAUUUAUCAUUAAUAGCUAUAUCCCACACCUCUUUAUACCAUUCUUCCAUUUUAUAUUCUGCUUGCCCCUUCCACUUCCUAGGUAUCAUAAUUCAUGCAGCUGUCAAUAAAUUUGUGAGCAUGUGAGCUUUAAACAUACUUUCCUGUUAACCAUCAUUUCUUUAUUUAAUCAAUUUGGAGGUUGCUUAAUAUACCAAAAAAUCCCCCCCAAAACAAACAACCCUUCUAAAGUGGUUUACCAAGCAAACAACAACAACUCAUUAAAAUCAAGGCUAUAAUCCAAUAAAGCAAAAGAACUGUCAAUAAAAAUAAUCAAUCAAAAUGCUAAGGAAUGUGUCAUGAUGCUGAAUCCCACAGAGGGAAGGCAGCAAGGCAAGAUCAGGAGAUGCAGGACCAUGGAGAGCGACAAGUGAGCAACCCUUAUGGAUUAUUCCCACUUACCUAUUGCCUUGACCUUUCCAGACACAAGUCUGAUUGUUUUGGGGUUUAAUGCCCCCAAAGCUUUCCCUGCAAAAACCCUGCUCUUUAGCGCUCAAUUGGAGCAAACGUCCAUUCGGAUUGCAGUUUGCUCCAAUUGAGCUUUAAAGAGCAGGUUUUCGAGGGAAAAGCUCUGGGGCAAAAAGAAAACGGCUUAGUGUCUGAGCUUUAAAGUGUGGACCUUGCCUGGAAAGGUAAGUGUGUAUAAGCCUCUGGGCACCUGUGCUCAGACUCCCGUUUCCAGGCUCUGCUCUCCUGUGGAUAACUAGAGCCUUACAGCUUCACCUUCUGACUUGAAGCAUGGCCAGUGGUCAGGGAUGAUGGGAGUUGUAGUCUUAUAACAUUUAGGAAGUCACAAGCUCCCCACUCUGCUCUACGAGAAAAUCUGCUUGCAAGAAAAAUAGUUGCCCGGGUUUCUCAUAAACGCCAGAGAUUUAGAACAUAUCUGUACUGGUUAACAAUUUGCUACCAGGCCCGGUUCAAAGUGUGACUAUUAACAACUUGGGACCAGUUUGGCUAUCCCCACAUGUGCCCACUCGACUGCUUCAAAUGACAGAAUUGGCACUGCUGCAGGUGCCACGUAACGCCCGUUCCAUUGUUGCAAGAGCCCCAUUGUAUAUUGAGGCAGCACCUACACUUCGGAACUCCUUGCCUAUUGCGAUCAAGCAGGUGCCUUUACUGUGCUCUUUUAAAGGUAAAGGGACCCCUGACCAUUAGGUCCAGUCGUGACCGACUUUGGGGUUGUGGUGCUCAUCUCGCUUUACUGGCCGAGGGAGCCGGCGUACAGCUUCCAGGUCAUGUGGCCAGCAUGACUAAGCCGCUUCUGGCGAGCCAGAGCAGCGCAUGGAAACGCCGUUUACCUUCCCGCCGGAGCGGUACCUAUUUAUCUACUUGCACUUUGACGUGCUUUCAAACUGCUAGGUUGGAAGGAGCAGGAACUGAGCAACGGGAGCUCACUCCAUCACGUGGAUUCGAACCACCGACCUUCUGAUCGGCAAGUCCUAGGCUCUGUGGUUUAACCCACAGCGCCACCUGCGUCCCUUGUACUCUUUUAGGCUCCUGCUAAUAACAUCCUUCUUCAGGCAAGCCUACCCAGAUGCUCAGAAAGUUGAGGCAAUUUGUUUUAGUAUUUAAACUUUUGCUUGUUUUUAAGUAUGGUUGUAAAAAUAAAUAAAUCACGAUUUUAUUGUUUUAACUUUUUGUAAAAUCUUUCGAUUUUUUUAAACCAUCAUUUAUAAAUUUUGUGAAAUGAAGGAAAUAGGAAAUAACUAUUAGACCCUCAGAUCCUGAAUCCUAGGAUUUAAAUUGACGACAUUUUUCUUCUGGCAGGCCUUACCAGUUGCAAAGGUGUGUCUUUGCCACCAAUGUCUAUUUUGUAUUGUUCUGUUUUUUUAAAAUGGAUCAUUUCUUUGUGUUUUUAACUGGUCUUUUGCUUUUUUCCUUGUACAUCACCUUGAGAUGUUUGUGUAGAAGUCUAUUAAUAACAAAACAGGUAUAGGAGGCACUAGAUAUGGGAGCCACUAAAUGCUACUUGGGAGUCACUGAAUAUAGGCUUCUAAUAGGUUCUAAGGCUUUAUAGUUAGAAAAUGGUUCAACGGUGGUCAUUGGCUGUGGCUUUUGCUCUGCGGGGAUGUUCGUCUCAGUUUUGCAGCUGAAAAGAGGAUCUUUCCUACUUUCAGGGAGAUGCAACUGAGUGCUUUCCUUUUAGGAUGAUGACUGAAAGGCUAAUAAAUCAAUGAGUAACUUUAAAAAGAGGGAGGAAAGGGUUGUUUGAGCUGCAGCCAAAUAAGUCAUAUAUAAAGCAUUGCCCAUCAUUACUGGGUCCAGGAGUCCUGUCCAAAAAUAAAAACUGGCGUUCAGGAAAUAACAUUUGGUACCCAAACAGUAUUUGGGACCAUUGUGUUCCUCCAGUAGAAAGCAGAGGCCUGCCUUGAACUUUAGGCAUGCACACUUUGCUGAAGUUGUAAGCCAGAGGUCUGUGCUGCAACUUCAAAUUCUGUAGUAAAAGGGGGAGAUGAGCAGCCACAGCUGUCUCCCCCAUGGAGGCCGCUCUUCUCCAAGUCUUUUUACCUGCCCCAUCACACUCCAGAUCCAAUAGAGAGCAAGUGGGUCACAGUUUCAGUCAGUCAGUCAGUCAGUUUUAUUGCACAUAGCCAAAGGCUGCUGAAAUGUACACAGAAUCAUUCAACAAAUAGAAGAAAAUAUACUGGAUUGAUACAGAAAACCUAAAACAUUUAUAUUAUCAAGACGUUACCUACUCUAAACAGAGCUAUAAAAGUACCUUAAUAUACAAAUUAAGACAUUAAACAAUAAAAUUUAUAAGCUAAAAUUAUCACAUGGUCACUAAUAUAUUAAAAAAUAAUGUUAAUUAAUACAGUGUGCAAUUAUAUUCGAAGUUUGGUGAUAAAGAUAGAAUAUAGCUUGAUGUAAGGUAAAGGGUAAAGGGACCCCUGACCAUUAGGUCCAGUCAUGGCCGACUCUGGGGUUGCAGCGCUCAUCUCACUUUAUUGGCUGAGGGAGCCGGCGUACAGCUUCCGGGUCAUGUGGCCAGCAUGACUAAGCUGCUUCUGGCAAACCAGAGCAGCGCACGGAAAUGCCGUUUGCCUUCCCGCCAGAGUGGUACCUAUUUAUCUACUUGCACUUUGACGUGCUUUUGAACUGCUAGGUUGGCAGGAAUAGCUUGAUGUAGAUAGGGUCAAAUAAAUUCAUCUCCUUUACAGUUGGUGUCUACCUUGGCUAUAUAAUUUGCUCUAAUUUUCCUAGCGGCAGUUUCAAAGGGUGCUACACGCCAGGUCACAUACUUAUCUGUGUCUGCGAGGAGAUAUAAAAUCAGGUCAGAGGGGUUCUGGCCAGGGGACCUUGUCAUUAUAGGUGCUAAAAAUCUUUCUCUUGCCUCAUUAUUUAAGGGGCAGCGCAAGAUACACAGUUGUUUCAUUGCCCGCCAUGCAAAUCUCUGGGUUGCAACCCGCAAGCCCAAAGCCUGCAGUGGAAGAAGUCAGGGACCUGGCCUCUUCACGGCUAAUUCCAGACGCUUCCCUGAAUCUUCAGCUUUCACACAAAAACAAAACAAAAAUGCCUGCUGGGAAAAGAAGCUCAUGGGGUGACCCCUCUCAGCCCAGCCUACCACACAGGGCUGUUGUGAGAAGGAAACGUGUGGGUGGGAGAGGGAAUAAAAAUGUGUACCCCUCAGGGCUUCUUGGAGGACGGACAAGACAAACCUUUAGAUAAAUAAAACAGUCUGUUUACUUCUGAAGAUAAAAGAAAAAGUGGGUGAACUAUUAAUUAGAAAUCAACUUAACGUCCUCCACUGGGAUAAUUUAAUUUUAGGGUGUCACCUUGGAGUAGGACUUAGUUGAGUACAACCACAGGCCUUUAUUUCUCAAUUUUAUGAAAUUACCUUUUUUUAUACAAAGGUCGUUUUAUUUGUAUGGAUGGACAAAAUUAUCAAUUUUAGCUUUUCUCUAUUUCUCAUUUUUCCCAGUCUUCAAAUCAGCUCUGCACAUUUCUGUCUCCAAUUUGUGGUGUUUAUAAAAAAAAAUUAACCCUUCUGAAAACUCAUCAGCAUUUUAGGGUGAAUUUCUCUUGGCGUGUACAUUUUUGAAAGCCGUUUCCCCUAAUGCACUUAUGUAUACAUUGCAUUGCAAAAUUAGGAGAAAUGUGAAUUUCAAAGAGUGUGUUUCACUUCACAUAUUGGUUUGAGAAAUGCAAAUUGGAUAGUUUGUUCUUAAAAUGCAAACAAAAAUGGAUUUCUCCCCCACUUCUUAUUAGUAUGCCAUAAAAUCAUUUCUGUUUCAUGCUCUGUAAUGAUUCCAAACCCCUGAGGCCCCUUGGCCACAACAGUUAAGGCUUCAGGCCUGUUGACAACCUUUCCCUUAACUUGCGAGCAUCAUCUUGGAGCUUUGCAUGCAUUGCCAAAGCACACAGUGACUCUCUUGAAUUCCCUGCAGUUCAUCAGGUGGCGGAGCGUGUGGAGGCCUUGGGUCAGUUUGUGAUGAAGACAAGAAGGACGCUGAAAGGCCAUGGCAAUAAAGUCCUCUGCAUGGACUGGUGCAAAGAUAAAAGAAGAAUUGUAAGCUCUUCCCAGGUAAAGAGAGAUGAUGUCAUUGUCUUGAGGGUUUGUUACUAUGCUGAGGAACAAUCUAACUGGAAAGAAAAUGUCUUAGUCUUUAACGUUUGACGAGAUUGUGUGUUUAUUUAGAAAAGUAGGACAUUGCCUUCUUCCAGAUACUUAUUCUACAGUGUUGUUUGCACUAACCAGUAAUAGCUUGCCAUCCUCUGAGGCAAUGUUUAACUCUUUCAUAACUUCCACUAGUUUUCAUGACAUUUAGAGUGCUUUGGACUAUAUAAAUAGUGCCUCAAACCAGCAAGUUAAGAUUUGAUUAUCUGGGUCCUUAUUUGUUGGACAUAAAAACAUCCCACCCUGUUCCCCAUCGUCUCUCGUUUAACUUCUCUCUUGGCAUAAUCUUCCUACUUAUUUCCCUGAAGACAGAGACAGGGUUUUCUGUCAUUCUGCAGAGGCCAAAGGCUAUAAUAAUGGCAGGUAAAAAGCCUCUUUUGUACCCUAAUUUAUUUAUCAAAAUACUUAUAUACUGCUUUUGCAUAUUAAUAAUCAACAGUGUGUAGUUGAAAAUAGCCAAAUGGUAAGGACGGCCAGCAAAGACCUCAACAAAAUCAUCAUAUUUUCAGCAAAUGCAGAAAUGGCAUGAAUGCAAGUGUUUGCCUCAAUUCAGAGGGCAUAAUGCACUUACUUUUCAAAACUCUUCUUUUUCUCCUAAUUUGAGUUACAACAAUUCUGUUUCAUUUUGCUGAUAACAAAUCAAUGGUACCCAGCUUUCUUUCAUGCCAGCUCACAAACCUCCUUGACUAACUGCUCUGAGGCAAUUUUGUAAACACUGGCCGCAUCUUCCUGUUUGUUCCUGGAACUGUUGGGCUUGUAUUUUGAAUGUGGGGUCAUGGUGUCACAGCAUCACACAGGGUACAUGAAGGUAUCACGAAGACAAAAUUCAGAGCGGGGACAAAGUUUCCUGCUCUCUUCCUGAAUUGGUUAACACUUUUGCAUCUGUUUCCUCUGCUAAAAAUAAUUGAAAGGGAGAAGUUUUUUCUCAGGGCAAAGGUUUUCAUGAAAAGGACCCUACCCAACGGAAGUGGUGGAGAGAUGUGUGCUUGAUAGCAUUUCCAGGGUGAAGUCUAGUGCCAUCUUCCCAGGCUGACUUCAGUUGUGAGUCUAGUUUAGCAUAGGGCCUUGGUGGUAGCCAGCCAAGGGCUUGGUUUAGAAUAGACUGAGGGUAACCAGUGCUGUGUCCUCCGGUUGUUUUUGAUUCAUCUGACCAUCGACCUUGCUGGCUGGGGCUGAUGGGAGUUGGAAGUCCCACAAAAUCUGGAGGGCAAAAUGUGGGCUAUGCAUACUUUAGGCCUAGAAGACCUGAUAUUGCAUUUGAAGGGAUGCACAAACCUUUCGAUUUUAGGCAGGAACACAACAGAGAGAACUGCAAUAAGACUUCAAAAUAUACAUCUCCUUGUUUGAGAAAUUUAUAAUCCCUCUUUGCUUUUCAUAGGAUGGAAAGGUGAUUGUUUGGGAUGCCUUCACUACCAAUAAGGUAAGUUCCUUGUGUUUCUUAUUUCCCUCAAGGCCUAAAGAAUAGAUGUCUGUGAUGAAUGUGGGAGGGCAACAGAAGGGUCUUUGUCCCUUUGUCUUCCAUUCCAUGUUGAAGACCUGCAAAUUCUGGUUGGCCUUGGUGGUAGCCAGCCAGUUUGGGGGUAUUUUUUUAAGAAAUAAGUUGGUUCAUUUCAAUGUAAAGCUGAGCCAAGUGUGGGACAAACAUUUCCAUUCUGCUAGAGCAGGCAUGUCCAACAGGUAGAUAGUGAUCUAUCGGUAGAUCCCCAGAUGUCUGUGGUAGAUCGUGGUAGAUCACGAGAUGCUUAGUGACCACCUCACCAAAGAAAGCUUUGCCUACCCUAAAAAAAGCUCAACAACUUUGCCUGUCAAUAACAAUGGGUAGAUCACAGCCAGCAUUUUUAUAAUGUGAGUAGAUCACAAUCUCUUUGGAGUUGGACGUGCCUGUGCCAGAGGGUCCAAAGGUCUGAUGGAACAAGGCCUGUUAAGUUCCUCUCGUGUUACAAACAUCACGCACUUGUAGUCACUUCCCAUCUUUUAAAGUCAGUACAGUGUUACCUCAGGAUGUGAACGGGAUCCGUUCCGGAGCCCCGUUCGCAUCCUGAAUAGAACAUAAGACGCGCCUGCGCAUGCACGGGUCGCGUUUUGCCGCUUGUGCGCAUGCGCGUGACGUCAUUUUGACCGUCUGCGCAUGCGCGAGUGGCGAAACCCGGAAGUAAUGUGCUCCGUUACUUCCGGGUCACCGCGGAACGCAACCCAAAAAUACUUACCCUGAAGCAUAUUUAUCCUGAGGUAUGACUGUAUAAGAGAAUCCUACUUUACUAUCAUUUAGUGAUAUGGAAAGGAUUUGCAAAUUGACCCUUAAGAUGCAAGAGAUGAUUUGUGUUUCAGGAACAUGCGGUGACGAUGCCUUGCACCUGGGUAAUGGCAUGCGCUUACGCUCCUUCAGGGUGUGCCAUUGCUUGUGGGUAAGUGGGAGCCUCUUGAUUAAAGCCAUUUUUUAUUGUUGCACUGAGCCAAGGGGGCUGUUUCCUUCCCUCCAGUAUUCCUUAAAGCACCUGAUGACAGCAUGGGCUUUUUUAAUAAAGCUUUUGGCCAACUCAAUAACUUUGAUGCUGACAUAGGUUGUGUAUAUUUUGAUGACUGCUGGAUUUGUUUUAUUGUGUUUAGUGUGUGUGUUGUUAGCUGCUUUGAGAUUCUUUGGAAGAUAAGGCAGGAGAGAAUUGUUUUCAUAAAUAAAUAAUAGAUUGCCUUAAUAGGUAAAUAAAAUAACUGAAUUCCUGCCUUAGACCAGGAAAAAGCAAACCUGCUACGGAAGUGCAGGGAGAUCUUCACAAUAUAAUUGACCGACUUUUAUGUGCUUGUUAGUGGUUUGUACCCAGCGCUCCUAGGAAAUUCUAGGAGGCCAAAAAAAUCACUGCAGUUUCCAAAGGUUCAGUUCAGCAUCUUGAUUCAAAAUGGCUUCUGGUCAUAUCCAAAGAUAGUUGAAAAUCUGCUCCUUGAUCUUGGGAAACAUGAUGAAAAAUUAGUUUACGAUAUCUUCAGAGGUGCCCAAAUGCAAGCAGACAAAAAACACACAACCAAACCUUUCCCACGUGUGCCCCAAAAAAGCAGCUUUUGAUAAAUAAAAUAAAAUAAAAUCAAUCUCACUAGAAAGCCACAGUUAGAAAAAUGUUUUAGAAAUUACAAAAAAAGAAGAAGCAAGAAUUCGAAAGUAGCAUUUUGGUAGUGAGAGAAAUCCACAGAUCACAGUAAGUCUGGGGAGAUCAUGGUUUUACUGACUCCUUAAGUUCUCCUAAAGGAGUGGAACUGGCAGAUGUGUCUAGGGGAGGAAGGGAUCCCACAGGGACAGGUGCCACUGCAGAGAGAGAGCUCUGUUUCUUGCAGACUCACUUCAGUUAGAAGUAUCACCUGAAGAUAUAUGUCUGUGGGGAGUGGGAUGAAGUCACCCCCUAAGGCAAGGGUGGGGAAUUUGUGUCCUUCCAGAUAGUGUAUCGGACAAAUAGGGUAAAAAAUGCUCCUAGCCAUCUUGUAGGGAGUGGAUUUUUCUUCACUUCAGACUUCCCUUCCACCUCCUCAAGCCUUGCUUUAGGCCACAUGUUCUCAUUAUCCCUUUUUUCCAGCUCCACUGCCUCCUUAGGCAGUAGCCAGUGAAUGGGAACAGGGCCUUUCCCUGUGGGUCUGAGCAGUGGCGUAGUGUGUGGGGUGCAGGGGGGGCCGGCCGCACCGGGCGCAACAUCUGGGGGGGGCGCUCGCACUCGCAGCUCUUUGCCCCUACCUGGCUCACUCAAUCUCUCUCACUGCAGUGCUGGCUGUGCGAAUCCGAUCUGAGCCGCUGGGUCGCCGCCCACUGUGGAGGGGGUGGGUGCCAGGCGUGCGGUGCGGAGAGAGAGCGAGGGACUAUCUGGGGGAGGGACAGUGCAGCGGCCGCCCAGCGCAGCGCUGAGCGCGGGGGAGAACCACACCAGCCCAGGCAGCAGCAAGAAGAAGCUGGCAGCGGCGGCAGGUUAGGGGUUUGGGGUUGCAAAUUACUUGCCUUGCCCCGGGUUAGGGGGCGCAAAUUACUUGCCUUGCCCCGGGUGCUGACAACCCACGCUACGCCGCUGGGUCUGAGUUCCCCAGGCAAACACACAGCAAAAUGGAAACUGGACAGGCAAAAGCAAAACUUGCCAACGGUUAGUGCUCGUGCAACCCAUGCUUAAGUGAUAUCUUUUUCUCUUACCAUUAUUUUUUUUUAAACUCUAGGGGUUUGGACAACAAGUGCUCUGUGUAUCCACUGACAUUUGAAAAAAAUGAGAAUAUGGCGGCCAAGAAGAAAUCAGUUGCCAUGCACACCAAUUACCUGUCGGCUUGCAGCUUCACAAAUUCGGAUAUGCAGGCAAGUACACUCCAGUGUUAGAAUCAUAGUUGUCGAGUUAGAAGGGACCCCAAGGGUCAUCUAGUCUAACCCCGUGCAAUGCAGGAAUCUCAACAUGCCGUCCCUCAUCCAAUUGGAAACCAUACUGGACCCUGCUUAGCUUUGCAAAUGCUGAUUGUAGACAGCUGAGUACAGAUUUAUAGUGCCAUACCUGUGCAUGUGGGAUGUGGGUGGCGCUGUGGGUUAAACCACAGAGCCUAGGGCUUGCCGAUCAGAAGGUCGCAGGUUCGAAUCCCCGGCGACGGAGUGAGCUCCCGUUGCUCGGUCCCUGCUCCUGCCAACCUAGCAGUUCGAAAGCACGUCAAAGUGCAAGUAGAUAAAUAGGUACCACUCUGGUGGAAAGGUAAACGGCAUUUCCGUGCGCUGCUCUGGUUUGCCAGAAGCGGCUUAGUCAUGCUGGCCACAUGACCCGGAAGCUGUACGCCUGCUCCCUUGGCCAAUAAAGCGAGAUAAGCGCCGCAACCCCAGAGUUGGUCACGACUGGACCUAAUGGUCAGGGGUUCCUUUACCUUUACCUGUGCAUGAGAGAUGGUGCAAGGUUUUAUUUUGCUCCCGGGGAGCUGUGUUGCAUCCUCCCUGCCUUCUCUCUUGUAAACACAAUGUAUUGACUUCCUUUCCCUCCUUGCCAUGUGAUUUCCAAAUAAAGGAACUGGUUAGUUGACAGAACCAGGAUCUGAACCUGCAGAGUUAGAAUAAAUUCCAGUUUGCUGAGCUUACGCUUGACAGGAAACCGCGGUUUAUUAAAAAACCCCAAAGUGGAAGCUUUCGAUCUUAUCUGUUGCCCUUGCAUACGAAGAAAGAGGAAGGAGGGGGUCCGUGAGAGUCUGAAAUAGUUCGUGUUGAAGAAGACAGACCAGCAGCAUGACCAGUGGUCACAGGCGAUGGGAAUUAUAGUCUCCCACAUCGGCAGAGCACAACAUUGACUGUCUCCUCUAUUGGCCUUGGAUCUAGCAAACAUUACAUUAUUUAUUCUUUUGUAGGAAUUUUGAGACAGCUCAGCAUACAAAAUACCAGGGUGGAGCAGACUUGUAAGAUUUCAGAAUGAAAUACAAAAGCACAGUAAAGCUUCUUAGGCAUAAUGCUGCUGAAUCACACUACAGGGAAAGGCUUCAUGAAUCAAGAAGUUUUAAGCAAGCGACUAAAGAUCGCAGGGUAGAGCAGGGGUUCCCUGCCCUUGAAAAUUGCUGGUGGACUACUUAAUUGUUUUUUUGCCUGUUGUAUGAAUUGUAAUGCACUGUGCUGGGUGCGAUGCGCUUUUAAAUUGUAUUUUGAUUGCUUCUUUCGUUGACAUAAUGUAUUACAAUUUGAAUUUGCACAAAAUUCAGAUUGUAGCACAAUAAGUUACGAUAUAAGAAAUAAACAUAUAAAUAAAAAUGCAAUUUUAAUAGUUAAUAGUUAAGGGGAUGGAUGUGCCUCUUGUGUUUUUAAACUUCACUGCUCUUUCUCUCUGCCCCAUUCAAGGCUUAAUAAUGCAUUAAAAAAUAACACGAAAGUAAGAGGCAUUUCUUCUUUCUGGGCCUCAUUGCCAUCAUUAACAGCAAUAUUACUAAUAUUAAAUUUAUUAAUUCUGUCAUCCUGUUAACUUUAUGAGACAUAAUAAAACACAGAUCACAUCAGGGCCGGUCCAUCCAUGAGGCAAGGUGACUGCCUCAGCUGGCAGUAUCCAUGAGGGCAGCAGAUCCCAAUGUCAGUCUUUCUCCACCUCCCAUGUUUGUUCCUAAUGUAGAUUCUUCCCUGACAGGGGUGUGUGUGUGCUAUUUUGGGGUCUGCCUCAGGUGCCAAGAUGUCUUGGACCGGUUCUGGGAUCACCUGAAUGACAUCUGCAGACUGCUGGAGGUCCAUGGACCACAGUUUGGGAACCCCUUCUGUAGAAGCUUGGGGGGUAUCCAAAAGGAGGGAAUUCCACAAAAGCCCUGGUCCAGGUCCCUCAAUGUGGACUGGAACCACAGGGCAAGAAGUGGGGAUUUAAUCCUUUCCUUCCUAACCAAGACCGCUGCCCUCCCAUGCUGCCUUUAGCAAUUGCAUGGUUAAAAAAGAGAUUCUCAAAUGUAGGUGUGGGUUGAAGGCUGGUCCUGGCUUUGGGAAGGUUGAAGCCUAAAUGGUUGAUAACGUCCUAGGAAGCUGCUUGCUAUCCCCCCCCCCAACUAACUAAUCUCAAAGAGAAAAUCCAGAUUUUAAAACAGGAAAAAAAUCGAUUUGUAAAAAGAAAAAAGGAGCUUCAGCGUCAUAGCCACAAAAUGAUAGAGCUUGUGGUGGCAGAACCUUCUCAAGGAUUUAAAAAAUAAAAUAAAAUAAUAAUCCAGAGGUUUUCAACCUUUUUGAGUCCAUAUCUCCCUUGACCAACUCCAUUCUUUCUGAGGCACCCCUGUGGGGCUCAGGAGCCCAGUGAUGUCACCCCUUGCCUGCAGAGCUGGCUUGUUCUUGUUUAGUCGUGUCCGACUCUUCGUGACCCCCAUGGACCAGAGCACGCCAGGCACUCCUGUCUUCCACUGCCUCCCGCAGUUUGGUCAAACUCAUGCUGGUAGCCUCGAGAACACUGUCCAGCCAUCUCGUCCUCUGUCGUCCCCUUCUCCUUGUGCCCCCAAUCUUUCCCAACAUCAGGGUCUUUUCCAGGGAGUCUUCUCUUCUCAUGAGGUGGCCAGAGUAUUGGAGCCUCUGCUUCAGGAUCUGUCCUUCCAGUGAGCACUCAGGGCUGAUUUCCUUAAGAAUGGAUAGGUUUGAUCAUCUUGCAGUCCAUGGGACUCUCAAAAGUCUCCUCCAGCGCCAUAAUUCAAAAACAUCAAUUCUUUGGCAAUCAGUCUUCUUUAUGGUCCAGCUCUCACUUCCAUACAUCAGCCCCUCAUUUUUUUUCGAACACCCUCCCUGGCGGAGUGUUCCCUCAGCCUCCUCUCCUCUUCCCUCUCCUUGAGAGUCCUUCGGGCUGCUGUCCUUGGUCUCUGAGCUGCCACUCCUUGCCCCAAAGAGGGGUGCCUUCCAGAGGCUCCAUUCAUUCACCUGCGGCGCUUAUAGCUGGGUCUGCUGCAAUAAACAGCUGCACAAGUCUUUGGGAGGCAGAAAUGCAAGAGGGCAUCAGAAGAGAGAAGGAAGGAAAGAAGGACAGAGGCCAGUGUUGCCCGCGGCACCCCUGACCAUCAUUCAAGGCACCCCAGGGUGCCAUGGCACCCUGGUUGAAAACCACUGCCUUAAUUCAAAGCUCCCAUUAGAGCAAUGGCCAUUCUAGGGACAUUCUGAGAGAGACAGUGAAACAUAGUGGCCACUUAUGUGAGUCAGUGUUGCCCUUCUGAACCAAUUUCACUCUUCCGGAUGGGGGGGUCCACUUCCUUUUACCCCUGGCUCCCCUCUCGCAAAUUGCAAGGCACACUUUCCCAUUUGGAAGCUUUAAUCGCAGCUCUGUGUUUUGUUUUGUUUUUGCUAGUUUUCCAUUACAACUUUUCCUGACCAUUUGCGUAUGCCCUUAGGUUUUGCAUUGCUGUAAAAAUUUCAAGUUGCAGGCUUUACAGUGGUACCUCAGGUUAAGUACUUAAUUCGUUCCGGAGGUCUGUUCUUAACCUGAAACUGUUCUUAACCUGAAGCACCACUUUAGCUAAUGGGGCCUCCCGCUGCUGCUGCGCCGCCGGAGCACGUUUUCUGUUCUCAUCCUGAAGCAAAGUUCUUAACCUGAAGCACUAUUGCUGGGUUAAUAGAGUCUGUAACCUGAAGUGUAUGUAACCUGAAGCGUAUGUAACCCGAGGUACCACUGUAUUUUAUUUUAUUUUAUUUAUUUAAUUUAUGAUUUUCAAUUUUAUACAUUUCAAUAAUUUUAUAAUCAUUUUAACAUUUCAAAACCUGACUUCCUUCCUCCUCUUUCUGCAAUUCUUUAAAUUUAUUUUUAAAUAUUUUCUGCAUAUCCAAAUUAACUUAAUUUGCUCAUUUAUUCAUCUGCUUUAAACAUAUAUUCUUACAAAACUUCAGGUUAUUACAAUAAUCCUGCCAAUUUGUAAAUAUUCCACAAACCAUUUCCAUUCUUUCAUUAAAAAAUUGUUAUCUGGAUUUCUUGCUUUUCCGGUAAGUUUGGCCAUUUCUGCAUAUUCUGUAAGUUUUUGUAUCCAUUCUUCUUUUGCUGAGACUUCUUCUUCUUUCCAUUUUUGGGCAAGUAACAUUCCUGCUGCUGUAGUGGCAUACAUCAAUAAAAUUCUAUACAGUUUGGGGAGUUCUGUCCCCAUAAUACCCCAAAGUUGCAGGCUUUAGUGUCACACAGGUAUAAGCAGGGAAAACAGCACCCCAAGUCUACAUCUCCGUCUAAUUUGGGCUCUGUGUUUGCUGUGAUUACACCAGACACCUGCCUUUUAAGGCUACAAUUUAAGCACCACAGGUGGAUCUUUGACUCCAGUUUCUGUGGCAACAGACACUCCUCACCAUCUCAGGUUUAUUACUGGAAGCCUCAGAAUGGGAAAUAAUAGCUUACCCUGAGCUUCUUGCAUCCCAGAAUAGCAGCAGCUGGAGCUUAAACAGCUGUUGAAGAGAGACAUAAGCCUGUUCUUGAUUUUGCAGCGAAAAACACUAAAAUAGCACCUCACAUAUUCUUAUAUAUUGCUUGCGGGCAGAGUGGGAUGGGGGGUGGGAAUCCAUAUUUAGGCAGACACCCGUUAUAAAAUGGAAGAGAGAUUUACCGUAUUUUUUGCUCUAUAAGACUCACUUUUUCCCUCCUAAAAAGUAAGGGGAAAUGUGUGUACGUCUUAUGGAGCGAAUGCAGGCUGCGUAGCUAUCCCAGAAGCCAGAAAAACAAGAGGGAUUGCUGCUUUCACUGCACAGCGAUCCCUCUUGCUGUUCUGGCUUCUGAGAUUCAGAAUAUUUUUUUUCUUGUUUUCCUCCUCCAAAAACUAGGUGCGUCUUGUGGUCUGGUGCAUCUUAUAGACCGAAAAAUACGGUAUUUACUUUAUUUAAUAAAUCUGUAUCCUGUACCUUCACAGGGUGGCAACCAAUUAAUAACUGCCAGUAUACAUAACGGUGGCAGUUUCUUAUGUAAACGCUUCAGUUUCUUAUGUAUUGCACUGUGUUGCAUUACAAUUUAAACUCGAUGGAAAUCAAAAUAAAAUAGAAUAGAUAGGAAAGGAAAGCUGCCAUCAAAAUGGCAAUUAAAAAACAUAUCUUAUCUAGCAGCGUGUAUUACGAUUUGUACAACCGGCAGAAGAUCAUUGUCUGUCAAGACCCUCAGCAAUUUUCAAGGGAUCUAUGGAGGGGGGAGUUUAGGAGACACUGGUUUAGGGUCUGCUAUGGAACAUGAUUUAUUGCCUGUGCUGUGGCUUAUAGAACGGAGCCUUUAUUGCAGCCGAAAUCAAGAGGAAUCAAACCAUCUUUCCCAGGUAUUCCUGUUUGACUUGUUUGCUACGCAGUGUCUCUUUCAGUACCCUGCCAAUACAGUGGUACCUCGGGUUAUAGACACUUCAGGUUACAGAUUCCGCUAACCCAGAAAUAGUACCUCGGUUAAGAACUUUGCUUCAGGAUGAGAACAGAAAUUGCAUGGCGGUGGCAGCAGGAGGCCCCAUUAGCUAAAGUGGUAUCUCAGGUUAAGAACAGUUUCAGCUUAAAAACGGACCUCCAGAACGAAUUAAGUUCUUAACCCGAGGUACCACUGUAUGUUGAUUGCCCAGGCAGAGGGAAAGUAUUUUCAUUUCGGCCCCAAAACCAUCCCAGUGUUUUAGGGCUGCCUGUUUACAAGGCUGUUCAAGGAGCAGAGACAUGACAUCAGGCCCUUUUUUAUGAGAGAAACGGUUUUAAAAUGCAACCACAAGGGGGCAAUUACGGACCCAGUCUAACGAUCUUGAGUUUUGCUGAGCUUCUGACAAUGCAGGGAUUAUAAAACUGAAAGGCAAAAUAGAUGUUCACUAAAUCUGUAGCCCUCAUCAUUUCUCUCCCCACACCCUUUGCUGGUUAAAAGGGGGAGAUAGUAGUCAGCCAAAUAAAUAUUUUUAUCUGAGUGCCAUACUGGACAUUUCCAUAGUAAUGAGUUAUUUGGAAGCAAACGUUUUGAAAACAAAAGAGAGUAAAUAUUCAGCCGAUAACCUCAGCCUCGCCUUUUAAAGCCACAAAAUAUUUUAUUAUUAAAAGUGUGAAUACCAGAAAUUCCUAUUUUGCCUUCAAAGAAUACCAGGCGUUCCAGAAUCACAGAGACGUUUCCCAUGUGUGAAAUUAGAGCAAUCCCAUAUUCUUUCCUUCUCGUACCACUUUUCUCCGUAUCUCCCAUGUUCUUAGAUUGUAAAUUAUUUGGAGUAGGUUUGCUUUCUGUGAAGCAGAGUUGGAGGAAUUGAUCUGGGUUCCCCAACACCAUGCCCACCACGCCUGAUAUCAGGUGACAAUUCCCCCAACCCCCUUGGUAGCAUGGCAAGCUCCACUAACAAGAGAAAGUUCAAUCUAAGUUAGGUUUGAAGUUACCAUCUAUCAGUUGUUAGGAGGUGAGCCUAGGCCUGUUUCCUAAAGGAAUGGCUGGGCAACCAAUCCAGUGUUUUUCAAAGCUGUGGCAUGCGACAGCUGUUAAAUACUCUUCAUAUAAUUUUUCCAUGCUAUUAAAAAAAGAAAUGAAACAAAGAUCAUUAAAAACAACAACUACCUUUUAAACUAAGGUACCUUUUUAACUAAGGUAGUUUAAAAAACUAAGGGAUGCAGGUGGCGCUGUGGUCUAAACCACUGAUCCUAGGGCUUGCUGAUUGGAAGGUUGGCGGUUCGAAUCCCUGCGACAGGAUGAGUUCCGGUUGCUUGGUCCCUGCUCCUGCCAACCUAGCAGUUCGAAAGCAUGUCCAAGUGCAAGUAGAUAAAUAGGUACUGCUGCGGUGGGAAGGUAAAUGGCAUUUCCGUGCACUGCUCUGGUUUUGCCAGAAGCGGCUUAGUCAUGCUGCCCACAUGACCUGGAAAAACUGUCUGCGGACAAACAUCGGCUCCCUCGGCUAGUAAAGCGAGAUGAGCGCUGCAACCCCAGAGUCAUUCGCAAGUGGACUUAACUGUCAGGGAUCCUUUACCUUUUUAAAAACAAAAAGAGGAAGAUUGUUGUGGUGUCAAUGAUGCCAACCACCUUAGUCAUGGUGCCCCCUACUGGUGUCUCCCACCCCACCAGCUGAAGACCAGACUUUUAACACAAGCUGCUGCUUUAGCGUGAAACUGUGAGUCAAAUGGAUGAGAAUAGAAAGGGAAAUGACUCAGAUAUACCCAUGAAAAUGUGAAACAAAGAAUCCAACUUUAACAUGAAUCAGUGGAGACAAAUCUUUGACAAAUCGUGUCUUUCUUUCUUUUUAAUAACAGUUCUUUUCUUUUGUUUCCCCCUUCUCUCCUAAAGAUCUUGACUGCUAGUGGAGAUGGCACCUGCGCUCUCUGGGACGUUGAAAGCGGGCAGCUUCUCCAGAGUUUUCACGGCCACGGAGCAGAUGUCUUGUGCCUGGAUCUUGCUCCUUCAGAGACAGGGAACACGUUUGUGUCGGGGGUAAAAGCAGAUUAAUCUUUAUGCAGGGUGGAGGGAGGGAAUUGCAGGGGGAGACACGAAGCAAAUGAAAAUCUCUCCAAGUGGAAGAGAGUAUUUUGUAAUAUUUUGCUAAGUGCCUUUUCUCCCGAUUAAAGCAGGCAUUGCUGUUGUCUCCCCAGCUUCACUAAUGCAGAAUGAGAUUCAGGAGAAUAUAGCCCUUCUCAUGGCUUACUGAAAGCAGGGCUGUGUUGGCGGUUAAUCCUAGGAGCUGUGUCUGCUGCUUCUCGCAAUCAAAUGUUACUUCUUUUCUAGAAACUUUUAUCUACCACUUUUCAGCCCCCAUAAAGGCACACAAGGAAAACACAAUCCUGAUACAAUACAAAUUUAAGAACAGUAAAGCCACUCUUAACAACACACAGAAUUAGAACCACAAAACUGACACUGUCAGCAACGUCAACAUAUUGCAAAAACCCAGGAAAAGGCUGGUGAAAUGGAGAAGCUUUUGACUGCCCACCAAAAACCCGUCAAUGGAAGGAGCCAGUCAACCCCCAAAUUUCAACCACUGGGGUGUGUCAUGUGACCCCCCAGCUGCAGCUUCCAAGGAUGGCUGUGAUUUGAGGGGUGUUUCUUCAAACGUCCUAGUCCCAAGCUAUUGAGGACUCUUCAAGACCCAAUUUGUCUUGAAUUGGGCCCCAAAACAAAUGGGAAGCUAGUGCAGAAGGGGCAGGCUUGUCAUAAUAUGAUCCAAAAAGAAGAUAGCCCAAAGCGUUAUAACUGCUGCAUUUUGUACCAGCUUCCGUUUCGGAAUGUUCUCCAAUAGCAGCCCCCCACAGAAUGCAUUGCAGUAGACUAAUCUGCAGCUGAACAGGGUCCAUAUAACUUGUGACUAGUUCCACCUUCUUCAGGAUGGCACAUCUCGAGCCCCAGACAAAGCUGGGCAAAUGCAGGAAUUCAGAGCAGGUUAUAUGUCCUCCCUGAAUAGGUUUGUAAGGAUUAAGCCUUUGGUUAGCACAUACCCAGUCCAUCUCUGUACCCAGAUAAUCUCUGCACCUCCUUUGUAGUAACUGAAAAGGAAAGAUGCCAGCAUAUUAAUGGCACUCAAUUAAAAAACUGAGGUUAGUGGAUUGGGCGGGGGCAGAGGCAGUGAUGGUGGUGGCAUCUUGUCCCAGCUUCUUCCAGAAGAAAAUUACCCCCUGCGUGAUUCUUGUAGAGGGAACCUCCAGUGUUUCUUCUCUUGCCAAAGAUCAACGGCAAGUGUGUAUACUUAUGUACCCAAAACAGUACCGCCCAGGCACAACAUGGAAAUAUCAUCAGGCUUGAAUGAAACCUGAGGUUUGCAGAAGUACAAACAGUUCUCAGUGGGGUAAGCAGGGGAGGGAAUAAAACUUCAAGAACUGCCCAGUGUGUUCUGAGCAUGCUCCAUUGCUGUGGAAUGCUUGCUGAUUGUUGGCAAGUCAAACUCUGAGGCCCGUGGGACGGGUUUUCCACCAGUGAUUUAGAAAAAUAGCAGAGAUCACCUGGGGUGGUGAAAAAGGCCUAUGGUUAAUCUCACCCCUCUUGGUGAGGGGUGUCGCACAGCAGUUCUUCUUGAUGAAAUAAUUUGAUAUUUGGCAUAAAACAGGUCUGAAAGCAGCUCAGCACUUUCUGGAAUGCCCUUGGAAUGUGGAAGGAAGCCAGCGCCAUAUUGAUCUUCAUAUUCUAGUGGCAAAAAUUGCAGAAGUAGGAAAACUCUUCACGGAACCAUCCCCACUGUUUAAAAAUAUAUUUAUUGAUUUGGUGCUUAAAAAAAAAAUGCAAGCAUAACAAAAUGAGAGAAAACAAAGAAUAAAAAAUGCAAAUCAUAAAGGGACAAAGGACAAAAGGACAAAGAUACAGUGCAGCUUCAAAGGGACAAUAAAGUAUUAACUCAUACAAAGUUUCCUUUUACAAAUAAUAAAGAUACAUGAAAAUAAAAGUAUUCUCCACCUGUGAGUUCAGUCAUUUAUUUAUUUUAAUUAAAUCCCUGUGCAGAGAACCAUUGAUAUUUCCGCAGUUUGCCUUAGGCUCGGUAUAUGAGGGGGGUAUUUCAUUUUUCACCUUUCUGUGAUGAAAUUGAGACUGAAGACAACUUGCAAAUAAAACUAUAAAUCGCAGCAGACCUUCAAAAUAAACCUGAUGAUUAAACAGUAAACAGCAUCAUAAAAACCACCAUUGGUUCCAUAAGCCACUUGAUCUGCGUUGAUUCUUAUUGAGGAUAUAACCGAAUCUUUAUUGACUUUUGUUUUUUAGGGGUGUGAUAAAAAAGCCAUGGUUUGGGACAUGAGGACUGGCCAAUGCAUUCAGUCAUUUGAAACCCAUGAAUCGGAUAUCAAUAGCGUCAGGUCAGUAGGUCCUGUUACCACACAUUCAUGUGAUUGCAACGAAAAAUGGUUCAUUAGUGCUGACUAGCAAAAUACCUGUAAGGAUAAUGUACAAGGGGGAAGGUGGGAGGGUCAGCUUUCCUCUCCGCCUAUCAAAGCUACCAGUGUCUCUAGCCAAUGAAGGGACAGCACUGGCCCUGCGGAACAAACCUUUGCUUGCCCAAUAGCAGGGGUAGCCUGGUGGGCGGAAGGCCCCCACUACAGUGACCUUGUGGGCAGAGCCGUUCCUAUCCCUUUGUCACAAUCCUGCACGACCAAGAGAAAAUUCGAAGAGAACUGGCUUUUGAGUAAAGGAUUGUUGCAUUUUGCAGGCUUUGGCAAUUAAUUAAUUACAUGGCAGAUUAAAACUCUUUCUCAGCAUUCCCUAGUUUGCACCUCUGUGCUUUUGAAGUCAUAGGCUUUGCUUUAAAUGUACUUGUUUUCCAGUCCAGCUGUCUCCUCAAAAUGUUUUCUUACGAGCCACACAGAGUUGUUUUAUUUAUGUAAAGAGGUAAAGGUAAAGGGACCCCUGACCAUUAGGUCCAGUCGUGACAGACUCUGGGGUUCAUCUCCCUUUAUUGGCCGAGGGAGCCGGUGUACAGCUUCCGGGUCAUGUGGCCAGCAUGACUAAGCCGCUUUUGGUGAACCAGAGCAGCGCACGGAAACGCCGUUUACCUUCCCGCCAGAGCAGUCCCUAUUUAUCUACUUGCACUUUGAUGUGCUUUUGAACUGCUAGGUUGGCAGGAGCAGGGACCGAGCAACAGGAGCUCACCCUGUCGCGGGGAUUCGAACCGCCGACCUUCUGAUCGGCAAGUCCUAGGCUCUGUGGUUUAACCCACAGUGCCACCCGUGUCCCUUUUUAUUUAUGCAGCAGGAAUUAAUGUAAAGUGGAACAUGGGAAGCUGCCUUACACAGAGUCAGCACCAGACAGGCAGUCGCUCUCCAGGGGUUCAGGCAGGAAAUACAGAAUUAGUGCAUCAUCACAUUGCAUCAUGACAUUGACUAUAUUUUAAUAGCAAGCUUGUCAUAAUUAUGGUUUAUAGCAGUACUAAUCACUUAUAAAAUUAUCAUGGCUUACCAGAUCCACUAUCAUAUGAGCAGAGGAUUUUCUCUAAAGAAAACCCUAUCUUAGUAUUAGCAAUUUCCCUUUAUAUAGCCUUUUGUAAAAAUAAGGUACAGUGCAUUUUUCUAUUGCCUUUCUUUUUAUUUUCUAUUGCCUCUCUUUUUCAUUUACAGGCUUGAUUACAAUUAAUGCAAUGAUUUGCAAUCGUUUUGAUUGAAUUUGCACUGUAUCAUCCAAGUGAAAUAAUUUUGCAACAGAUAAUGUAAAUAGAUAAAUACUAACAAUUGCUAUUUUUAAAAAAAACCUGGAGAGGUAUUACAUAGACAUGUUAUCAAUACUAAAUUACUAAUUAAUGUAUGCUUUCUGGUAUGUGUCUUUGGGGGAGAAAAUGAGGUGUUACAUUUUUCUUUGCUUGAAAAGACUGUGGGUUGUGGUUCAAAAAUUCUGGUUUUGCUUAUAUGAAGAGCCAGAGCUUGCUGUCAACAUUGGCUGUUUCUCUUUACCAAAAUUAGAAGCAACAGUUUGAAACUUUAUUCAUUAUGCAGAAAUGAAAGCUGUUGGCAUUGGGGUGGGUGGGUGUUACAGGUGUCUGAACUGACCUGCCACCUGCUUUGAGACCCUCUACAAUUGCAUGUGCCAGGUGGGCAGUGAAAUCUGUCAGAGCUGCAUUUCAUAAAUUUUGGGGCCAUGAUCCACUUUUACCUGUAAGAGAACCGCAGAAAGUGAUAAUUCAGUGUUCUAAUUCUCAAGUCUUGAUCAUUUUAACUGUGGCAAUUCCACUGCAACCCCAACCUAUCCAGGUGAACUCUAGGGGAGGAGGUGGGUGGACAAAUUUUGGUGUUAUUCUUUUCUGCUUUUAGAUGUUGAAUUACCACUGCUACCUCAUUUACCUCUAUGUGUUCCUUGUUUUACUUACCUGCUACUGGAUACCUGUAACGUUCCUGUAUGCAGCAUAUAGAAAACAAAUAAAAGUUGGGAAAAUAUCUUUAAUUCCUAUAUUUCUAACGCAACACACUUUCUGUUCUCUGCAUAGGUACUACCCAAGUGGAGAUGCCUUUGCCUCUGGCUCAGAUGACGCCACAGUACGUUGCCCUAUUUCAUCUUCGAAAGCCUGGCCGUUUCCCAAAUGAGGGCUGCGGGCAUGAUCCUCAAAUCACCCUGGCCAUUAAGUGUUUUAUUAUGGCUUGUUGAUUUUGUACAUUCUUUACUCACCUAAUACUUGGUGGUCUCCAGAGGAGUUGCAGCCCUUUAAAAAUGUACAAAUGCGCUCUUUGUACCCUGCGAAGAGGAUGUGGUGUCUAGGAAGCGUAUGAUGGAACAAUAGGGUGCCCAUCUGUAGGUGUGGCAACCUGAACUAGCUGCAGGGGGCAAGGCUGAUACAUAAUUGAGCCCAUUGGCUUUUCCCCUUAGGGAUAAGUGACCAUUGUGAUUGCAGGCAUAAAGAGGUUAAAACUGGGUCACCUGAAGAUAUAUUGUUAGACACCAAGGGCCUCUUCCACAGUGAACUAUUUUAACGGCACUUAGAAUAUUUUGGUUUGGCAAGGUUCAAAGCAACCUCAAAACCUUUAACCUGGAGGCUUUCCCCAGAGUGUUUAUUGUGUCAUAUGGAUGCACAGCUAAUCACAGGUCUACAUAAUAGGUAUAAUGCAGGUCUAUGCAAGACAGGUUUCUUAUGCCACGUGAAGGUAUGAGUUCAUGUUCUAUAGCAUAGCUGUAUGUCGUAUAGUAUAGCACAGCAUGGCUCAUCAGAGGCAUAAUGCAUUCGCUCAGCAGCCUGGCAAGUGUGAAAGGGUCUGCACUGUGGCAGAAAAGCAGUUCUUAAUGCUCAGAAGAGCGCAUGGGAGGGUUAGAAGAAUGGAGGGGGGUGGCGGGGGGGGGAACUUGGCAUUGCUUUGCAGCCGAUUUAGAUUUCUGCCAAGGCCUAUUCUAAAGGCUCAGUAGGGGACUACAAAUACAUCCGCAUCUCAUUUGAACCUCACUGCAGCCCUGGGAUGUAGCUGAGCAGAGAGAAAUCUGCCCAAGACCACCCAGUGCGUUUUCUGGCUGAGCAGAGAGCUAAACUUUUGUCUUCCCCAGCAUUCCAAAGCAACAGUGACUUGUCUUGACAUCAUGGCUGGCCAGAUAUUGUGUCUUCCCCCAAUGCCCACAGGCUUAAACAGGUUGGACAUCUGCUGUAUGAUGUCAGGUGAUUGACAGGUGGGCUGGACCAGCUACUGGUCCAAGUUUGCCUUUGUGGGUGGGACAGGAGAGAGAGUUUUGUUCUGUUGGUAUCUAUCAAUCUUAUCAAAAAUUAGCUUGUGUGUAUUAGCCUUUGCCUGAGCACAGAUCCUGUUUCUCCUUUCUUUCCAGUGUCGUUUAUAUGACCUGCGGGCAGACAGAGAAGUGGCCAUUUAUUCCAAAGAGAGCAUCAUCUUCGGGGCAUCCAGUGUCGACUUUUCCCUUAGUGGUGAGACAUGAAUUCUGACACACUUUUCUUUGGGGGGCUGGCGGGAAGAGCUGUGCUAUAAUCUCUUUUCAAUGUGGCUUCGAUUGUUGUCACAGCUACAGAACCGAGGGCACUUGCAGACUGUGGCUCCUCUGCGGAUGGGAUUAAUUCACAUACUGGCAAAUUCAGGUUGCUCAGUUAUAGUUAGUUGGGAGCUCUUGCGCAGCAAACCCACUUCCCCAAAAGAUCAAAUUUAUUGCAAUAAGGAAAGUAGAAAGUCUGACAUAACACUUGCUUUGAUGCAUCUGCAGACAAAUCAGGAUGGGUGCUCAUUGAAUAGCCAGCGUUAUCUAAUCUCCCUGCAAAUAUAUCAGGAAGGAUGCUCAAUGAACAGGUUGUCUGGAAGUCCCCUUAGCUGAUGAAAGAAACUUGUAAAACUGCUGAAUCGUUCCUGUCCUUCAAUCUUCAAGUGGCUGCUUCUUGAGCUUUGGUUUUGAGGCUAAGGCUGGUAGCUCAUCUUUCAUGAAAACAGUUCUUUGACUCCACUGCAUUCGUUUGGGAAGGUGUUGCUUUAGCUGCUGUAUCCCUCUUGGCUGAGGAAAAUUGGUUAUAGCUUGAGCCGCAACAUUUCACUGAUUUGAAUCAGUUGGAGUGGUUGAUUUAGAAAGGUUCGAUCUAAAAACAGUAGCAACACAUUGGGUGUCUCCAAUUAGUUGGGUAUCAUUUUAUUAAAAUAUAUUGUUGCGAUGAGGACACUUUAUGGAAUUAGCGUGGCUUUUCUAAAUAUGUCAACAUUAGCUCAAACCUUGAGGAACUAUGUAUAGUAUUGUGCAGCAGGCAACUUGUUACUUGUUUUCUAACAGCACGACAAGUGUAGUUGCGCAACAUGCACUUUGAGUGAUGAAGGGCAAUUGCACAUGCCAGCAAAUUUUCACACCAUCUGCUGCUGGUGGCUGUAUGAGCAAGGCAUACUCUUUUUCCACAGAACAUCCUGGGAGCCCAUUGCUAUUUGCGUUCUACUUCCUUGUUCUGUUAUGCAAAAGCUCAUUCCCUUUCUUGGAAGAGGCAGAAAUGUUUUGCAUGCUUGUCGUGUGGACAACAUCUUGGGUCUUGCUAGUGAAGAAGGAGACUCCCAUCUGCUGUGCAGCAGGUCCCAGCCCAGGGUGUAAACCCAAGGCAGAACAGAACAAGUUUCAGGGUGGAUGGGUGCAAGGCAAAGCAGGGUUCAGGCUAGGUUUGAAGUUGCUGCGGCAAGGAACAAGCUGAAAUGGAGCCCUCAGAGUAGCAGAAGUGCAGCCUAAUAGUAAUAAUAACAAUAACAAUAACAAUAACAACAACAAUAAUAAUAACAAAACAACUAUAACAAUAACAACAAUUUAUUAUUUAUUAUUUAUUACCAUAUUUUUUCUGUGUAUAAGACUAGGUUUCUCCCCUAAAAAAUAAUGUCAAAAAUUAGGGGGCCUCUUAUACUCUGGGCCAUCUCCCCCCAUUUUCUUAAAUCUGAGUCCCCAGAAAUAAGGGGCGUCUUAUACAUGGGGGUGACUUAUAGACUGAAAAAUAGGGUACAGCGGUACCUCGGGUUAAGAACUUAAUUCGUUCCGGAGGUCCGUUCUUAACCUGAAACUGUUCUUAACCUGAGGUACCACUUUAGCUAAUGGGGCCUCCCGCUGCUGCUGCUGCUGCCGCCGCCAGAGCACAAUUUCUGUUCUCAUCCUGAAGCAAAGUUCUUAACUCGAGGUACUAUUUCUGGGUUAGCGGAGUCUGUAACCUAAAGCGUCUGUAACCUGAGGUACCACUGUAUUUAUACCCCUCCCAUCUGGCUGGGUUUCCCCAGCCACUCUGGGCGGCUCCCAACGGAACACUAAAAACACAAUAAAACAUCAAACAUUAAAAAAUUCCCUAAACAGGGCUGCCUUCAGAUGUCUUCUAAAAGUCAGACAACUAUCUGACUUUUAGAAGACAUCUGAAGGGACAUCUGAUAGGAGGGCGUUCCACAGGGCGGGCACCACUACCGAGAAGACCCUCUGCCUGGUUCCCUGUAACCUCACUUCUCACAGGGAGGGAACCGCCAGAAGGCCCUUGGAGCUGGACCUCAGUGUCUGGGCUGAAUGAUGGGGGCAGAGACGCUCCUUCAGGUAUACUGGGCCAAGGCCGUUUAGGGCUUUGAAGGUCAGCACCAUCUGUGCCACAAGAUGCUGCUCUGCUUUAAAGUGCCAGUAGUCAUCUUCUGCAGUGGAGCAGAGGAGCCUCAGGUCUUCCUAAGUCAUCUGCAGCCGAGUUCUCCCAGGUCAGAGGAUGGCAGUGCUGCCUUCUCAAAGUCAGGUCCUGCCAUCCUUCCCUUCUGCUUCACAGCCCUUGCUCUCAUCAUGAGGAGUCUGGCUGCAGAGUUGUGAGACUCUCAUUUCCUUGAUGUUCCUUUGCCUAGUCCCCAUCAGUGAUUGUUUGAAAGGAAGGCUGAUGCGUCGGAGGCCAGCGGCUGAGCCCUUUCCUUCCUCAGAAAUGGGUGGGGAAGGAAGACUCCAUAACCCUUGAAAUCAUGACUUGGCAACUCUUUUCAAUUCUUAAUUUUAGUUACUGCUUUUUUUAAAACACACACAAAAUGUUAUUACAAUUUAUAAUACAAAGCUCAGCAGCCUGAAUUCAUCAAUCAAUAUACAAAUGCUAUAUAAAUUUUUAAAAACAACAACUACAAAAGCUUCCCACGUUAUUCAGUGUAAACUCACCUGAUGGGUACUCUUAUUUUAUAAAAAUUACCACAGUUAAAAAAAAGGGGGGGUCACUAAAACCAAGUCUAUUUCACAUACAACUGGACCUCAAAUAUUUCUAAAUCUACACCCCUCCUCAUCCAGUAUGAUACCCAUUUUAGCCCCUGCUUUAUGUGAGAACAGUAGUUUCUGUCACCAGUGGGUUGCAUAUGGAAGUCUGGUUUUGUUUUGCCUCUUUUUCUUUUUAAAAAUAUUUUUUAUAUAUAUAGCAAGUUAUCAACAACAGAAAGAAAAAAAUGGGGGAGAGGAAAAAGAAAAAGGAAACAGCAGCUCACAUUAAUAGUACAUUAACCAUCAAACAUCCAUCUCAUUUUAAAUAUCUAAGUUGAUACACCAUUCAGAUGUCCUGAACAGAUAUCUUGAUGAAGCUUGCAUUUUUAAGAAAUACCUUCAUUUGUAGCAGGGACAGUUAAAAGUCCUCAGACCAUUACAUAGUAGAUGGUCAGUGUGUUUGUAGCUGCCUUUGAAUCUGUUUUUAAUUGUGUUAUUGUUAUAAUUUUUUUAACCACCUGUAUCCUUGCUUGCACACCACAUUAAGCCAUAAACUAGGUUCACUAGCCAUAAUCACAAGUGAUUUGUGCCCGCUUUGUUCCUCCCCAGAAAACAAACCAUGAUACAUGGUUUUGCGUUGUAUCUAAACCAGGGUUUGUAGUUCAUUUUGUUCCAACAAACCGCUUUCUGUAGCCACGUUUUGAUCUGGGCUUGUCGAUUGCUGGAGCAAAACGAAACCAUGAUCCCGGUUCAGCUGGGGGUCAUGGUUUGUUUCCCAGCAGUGAGAUCUAAGAGGAGUAGAACAUCAUUCAGCUGUUCUGCAGGAUGUCUGUGGAUCUGUGGAUGGAGGCAGAAGAUGGCGCAUCCUUUACGUUAAAUGUUCAUAUUGGCUUUCAGUUGUAUGCUAAUUGCUUAUUUUUUCUGCAUAGGCUGUAUUUUAUUGUAUGAUUUGAAUUCUAUGGCUUGCAAUAAAAUACAAUAUAUAAGAAACAAAAGAAGCCAUAAGGCAGAGCUAUUCCACCUGGCUUUCAGUUUGAACUUAACCUGAUCUUUUAUUCUCCUUCCUUCCCUCCCCUCCCCUUUUUAUAACGAUUACCCACUCUGGGAUCCCACAGCUAAUUCUCCCCUGGUCUCCUCGCUGGCCCAAAUAGGACUAAUUUAGCCAGCUAGCCCUGGUGAUCAUCUAAUGUUUAUUGGAUGGAAUUUCCCCCAAAUUGAUUUUUGAAUUCUGAAUUUAUUGUUAUUCAUGUUUUAUAUUGUAUUUUAUCCUGUUUUUUGUUGCAUCAAUUAAGUGUUCUAAAUUUGUUGUUAGCCGCCCUGAGCCUGGUUUUCUGAACUGGGAAGGGCAGGGUAUAAAAAAUAAUUGUUGUUGUUGUUGUUAUUAAAAAAAAUACAUGCAGGUGCACAGUGAAUUUCAGUUGCUGCGCAACAAGCAGAAAAAUCAUUAAGUGGUCCAGAAAAGAAAGAAAAAGUUGGGGAACCACUGGCUGACCAAGAUGUGAAGAUUCGGCCAUUGUCUGUGCCCUUCCUUUGAAACAUUAUUUGCUAAAAAUCAGGGAACAGUGGUGCCUUGGUUUUCUAACAUAAUCCAUUCUGGAAGUCCGUUCGAGUUCUGAAAUGUUCGAAAACUGAAAGUGGAAGCCUCAAAAUGGAAGCCUCAGUUCAGAAAACUCAAAAUGGAAGCUGCGUUUCCUUUUUGACUUCUGAGAUGCAUUCAGAAACUGAGGCUUUUACUUCCAGGUUUUUGGCUUUCGAGUUCUGAAACGUUUGACUAUGGAGGUGUUUGAAAACCAAGGUACCAUUGUAUAAGCCCUGGAAAUGUUGUUGUUCAUGUAAUGCCAUCAUUCUUUAUGAAUUCCUCCUGCAGGCCGCUUACUGUUUGCUGGCUACAAUGACUACACCAUAAACGUGUGGGAUGUUCUGAAAGGGGCUCGUGUCUCUAUCCUGUUUGGCCAUGAGAAUCGAGUUAGCACUUUGAGGGUUUCGCCUGACGGGACGGCCUUCUGCUCAGGAUCCUGGGAUCACACUCUAAGAGUAAGGGCUCUUCGUUCUUCCGCUUCCUUCCUCUUUUCCCAAAAUCAGCAUCUCUUAUGAUUAAUGCAGAAAUAGUAUGAUUAAAUAAAAUGCAUUUAUAGCCAGCUUCGUAGUGUAAAGUCGUUGAAUCAGAGAACAAGAGAAAUACAGGUUUUGAAAAUCCAUUAAAAAAAAUUAUUCAGUUAUAUAAUUGUUGCAUAAAUGACUUGGUCACAUCUCUGGGAAAUCCUUCUUAAACAAAAAUGUCUUUGGUAAGCACCUAAACACUGUAACAUUAGUCACCUGCCUCAAUUGUUGAUGGUAAUCAGUUGCAGAGAGCUGGAGCUUGCAACGCUAGACACCCAGUUUCUGCUUAUAUAUCCAGACACUGCAGAAAGUUUUAUAAUAGAUCCUGAAAUACACUAUUUAAAUUAAUAAUAAUAAAAACCAGACUCCCACAAGAGGUGGUGGACUCUCCUCUGUUGGAAGCUGCUGUGAACCUUUGGCCUGCGGGUGAUGCUAAACUACAACUCCCAUCAUCGCUGGUCGUUGGCCAUGCUUGCUGGGACUGAUGGGAAUUAUAUUUCAGCCAUAUCUGGAAGGCCAAAGUUUUCCCAACAACAGCAUCCUUAAGUGGAUAUAUGAGUUAACCUAACAGAAGUGUCCCUGUUCCCAUUGUAACAUAAGCAGGUUGUUUUAGAAAACCGCAAGUAACCUUUUUUUGAUGCUCAUCAUCAUUUGACUUUUCUCUCUCUCUCUGUCUAGAUCUGGGCUUAACCCCGGUGCUGUUGGCAGAUACGUGUUAAAAUUGUAAUGGGAUGGGUAAAAAAUGAACACCUCAGAUCGGAAAAAGAAAAAGCUACAAUAACGAAAGAAAAUGCAACAGGGUGAUAAUUGAAAGAUUGAAUGCGACGUUGUCAGUGUUUUAUCACGUUGUUGGCCAGAAACACUCACUAUUGGUUAGAAAAGGUAAUAUACUUUUAUCAUACAGUGGGGGUGGGGUGGGGAAAUCUAUGUGUGGUAUACUAAUAAUAAUAAGCUGUUUUUACUUCUGUUUUUGAAACUACCUUUUUUUUUUUAAGAAAUGGUUUAAUAAUUAUCCGAGCCAGACCUCUGUCAAAAUAACUGUUGGAACAGAAUUUAGUAUUUCAUUGCACAUUAUGUAUCUAGCACCUGCGUGUAAUUGCAUUUCUUCCUGAAGUCAGCUUGGAAAGAAAACCAGAGUAUCUGAGGGUUCAUUCUCUUGUUCCAUAGAAGCCACUAAGGGGAAAAUAUGAAGGAUUGGCCCUUCCUCUCCCUGUCCUUCUGGGUUUUCCAUAAUAAGAAGAUCUCACACCAGGGUGUAUGUCAAACUAGGCCCAAAUCCCACCCCCCUUAGCCAGGAAUCUCUGGGUGAGCUGUGGCCAUACAUUAUCUUUCAAUCUACCAUACCUGACAGAGUUGUUGUGAAAAUAAAAUGGGAGAGUGUUAUUGUGAUGUGAGAAGAGUGCGUGGGCAGGUCAUGAUAUGACACAACCUGCCCUCUUUCAUAUAAGACUUCACACCAGGUAUGAGGAACCUGUGGCCCACCAGGUGUGGCUAGACAACAACCCCCAUCAUCCUGAUCAUUGCCUAUGCUGGCUGGGGCUGAUGGGAUUUGGAAUCCAGCAGUGUCUAGAGCAGGGUUUCCCAAAGUUGGGUCUCCAGUUGUUUUCGGACUACAGUUCCCAUCAUCCCUGACCACUGGUCCUGCUGACUAGGGAUGAUGGGACUUGUUGUCCAACAGCACUGGAGACUCAAGUUUGGGAAACACCAGUCUAGAGUCUCACAGAAGACCCAUCCCUGCUCCAAACAAUUGUGAAGAAGAAGCACAUUUUGUCACCCUUCUAGACUGUCAGUUUAUAUGGAGCAACUAAAUGAGCCCUGACUCUUGAAACAUUCCUUGGUUGCGUAUUGAUUGUGAAGCUUUUUAAAAAAGAAAAACAAUAUUGCAAUUCAGACUAAUUUAAAAAUCAAUGGGUUUUCUUAGGCCGUUUGUUUCUGUUGGGUGUGGAUUGCACUCAGUAUCACAGCUGUCAACGUUUCCCUUUUUUAAAGGGAAAUUCCCUUAUUCUGAAUAGGAUUCCUCGCAAGAAAAGGGAAAAGUUGACAGCUAUGCUCAGUAUCAGCUGGUUGUUACUAAAAGGGUACGAAAAUUGGGGCAGAUCCUUCAGAAACUUACACCAAAUGCAGACGUGCCAUUUCCCCAAUCUCUUUCACCAUGGUUGAGAAAUUCGAAAGCGAUACUUUGGCACUACACUUUACUGCUUUGCUCAACUCAGUCACUUUAAAAAAUAAAGUAAGUUUGCAUUUAAGUUAGCUAUUUCCAGGAUCCGAUCCUACCAAGCCACAAAAUUUCCUGUUGAAGAUAAUGGGUGUUAUAUAAAAGUGUAUUUUUUUGUAAGAAGAAUCCUUUCAGUCUCUUUUUUAACUGUUUAUAGAUGCAGCAAUAUAAUCUUUGUGUUCUGAACUGCAACAACUUUUAAGCGUGCAGCAAAAUUGAAAUGAAAAGUACCGUAGUUUUCAUGUAUAUGCUUGUGAAAUGCUAGUCAUGUGUUUCCUUGGAAAGUUUGCAUUCUGUAAUUGGAGGGAUUUUAUGUUCAUUAUAAAGAUGCUAAAUGCUAGGUACUCACUAAACCCAUUUAUGAGUCGACGGCACUAGAGUCAUUGGCAAAUAGUUAUUGGAGAAAUGUAAGCUUUUACACAACACGUGGAUAUGAAUGAUUGAUUGGCAAACAAAAUUCCCUAAAGGGUAAGCACACCAACCUAGUUAGAAUUUGAGCACCCUACCUGGUCAUUAGAGUGGCUGUAUUUGGACAUUGUGGCCUUCCAGGAGUUGGACUACAACUCCUAACAUCCCUGACUGGGCUUGAUGGGAGCUGCAGCCCAAAAACAUUUUUGAGGGCCACAACCUUCCCAUCCCUACACACCAUGAACAAGUCUGAUUUCUUGAGUUCUGUUACACCUCCUUUCCUUCUUCUCUUGCAGAACUUUGAUGAACACUUAACUAUAGUUAAUUUUAGCAUGUGUGCUUCAGAAACUAUGGUUUGACAUUGAGCUUAUCUGAAACUAGGUAUGAAGUUUAGUAUGAACCACAUUUUGCUGCUCAAAAAAACAUACAAAUCACAAUUAGCUACAGCUAACUUGAUACAACUAACUAGAUGCAGCUAACUAGGACACAGGUGGUGCUGUGGGUUAAACCACAGAGCCUAGGACUUGCUGAUCAGAAGGUUGGCGGUUCGAAUCCCCGCAACGGAGUGAGCUCCCGUUGCUCGGUCCCUGCUCCUGCCAACCUAGCAGCUCGAAAGCAUGCCAAAGUGCAAGUAGAUAAAUAGGUACCGCUCCGGUGGGAAGGUAAAGGGCAUUUCCGUGCGCUGCUCUGGUUCGCCAGAAGCGGCUUAGUCAUGCUGGCCACAUGACCCAGAAGCUGUACGCCGGCUCCCUCAGCCAAUAAAGCGAGAUGAGCGCCGCAACCCCAGAGUCGGGCACGACUGGACCUAAUGGUCAGUGAUCCGUUUAACUUUACCUUAACUAGAUACAAAAGCUCCCAAACUCCCAUCUUCUAGCCAUGCACACAGGCUCCUAAGGAGGCUAGACUUAUCCACAUCAUGCUAAACUACAGUUCAUUGUGAAUGUGGCCUUUUGUAAAAUAAGGUUCCUAUCUUAUUUAUGAACAGAAGCUUUGUUCAUAAGACACAGAGAAUGAGGCACAGAUUAUUUGCAAAGUACAGGCUUUCUAUGCAGAGUAGCAUCUCCAAGAAAGAUUGGGAAAGAUGGCUGUCUAAAAUCCUGGAAAGCCAGACAGUUUACGCCCCUCUAAGCUAGGUAGAGGGAUGGGGGUGGCGCUGUGGGUUAAACCACAGAGCCUAGGACUUGCCAAUCAGAAGGUUGGUGGUUUGAAUCCCCGUGACGGGGUGAGCUCCUGUUGCUCGGUCCCUGCUCCUGCCAACCUAGCAGUUUGAAAGCACAUCAAAGUGCAAGUAGAUAAAUAGGUACCGCUCCGGCGGGAAGGUAAACGGCGUUUCCGUGCACUGCUCUGGCUUGCCAGAAGCGGCUUAGUCAUGCUGGCCACAUGACCCGGAAGCUGUAUGCCGGCUCCCUCGGCCAAUAAAGCGAGACGAGCGCCGCAACCCCAGAGUUGGCCACGACUGUACCUAAUGGUCAGGGGUCCCUUUACCUUUAAGCCAGGUGGACCAAUGCUCAGACUCAGUCCUAGAUGGGGAAAAUCAACAAAUGAGUAUUUCUCAGUCCUGCAUCUUUCCAUGCUGAAAAAGCAACAUCAGUUGUGAGCAGGGAAAAGCAGGUUGCAUGCCGUUACUUUCCUGCUGGAGGCAGGGAGAAAGAAGAAGACUCCCACUCCUUCCAGCUCAGCUGAUAAAGCAGCAUGGGAACCUGGUGCCUCUCAUGAGCUGAAAAUACAAGCAGAGAAGUACACCAGUCAAAUGCCUCUGCAGUUAGUAAUGUCACAGAUGCUAGCCAAUUGGUGCCUUCCACAACUGGCUUUUUCCUAGUUCAAGAUUAACCAGGCUGCAGAUUUUCAAAAAAACUGAUUUUAUUUUUUUCAGAAAUUACCCUGGAAGUGAAAAAAAGUUAUGUUUGCAGUGAUGCAGUGAGGGCAGUUCUAAGACGACACCAAAGUUCUCCAAAUGCUAGCUGUUUGUAAAGGAUAAACUGUCUAAUAAUAUAGAAAGUGUAAAUUAUAUUGCUUCAAUCCAGAUUUAAAUUAUUGAGCUUUUGGUAGCUGGUAGUUCAGCCCACAAUCUGAAAUUCACUAAUAGGGCAUAGUUGUUGUUGUUUUUUUAAAAAAUAUUUAAAUAAGAAAAAAAGGAGAUGUAAAUAUACUGAUACUAGAUAUGGAGGUUUCUAGCUGCAUAAGCAAAUAUGUAGUGUAGCUGGUAUUUUGUUGUUACAUGGGAACAUAUUGAGUCUUCUGCAGACCUUGACAAAUCACUUCCCACGGUUUUGGUUUGGAAAAUGGAUUUCUGUGCUUAUGCCUGUAACAAAUCAAAAUGCACUAUAAAAAAACCUGUAAACGUUAAGAGUUCAUUGUGCAAUAACUAAGUCGACACACUGCACCCUCUGAUUAGGCAGUAUUUAUUGAUGAUAUAUUUUGAGUUUUGAAUGGAAUAUAUUGUGUUGAUAGUUACAAAUGGCCUCAGUAUAAUAAAUUGUAUUUUACAUAUUGAGAA